AAAUAUAUCACCAACCAAUUUGAGAAGAAAUAGAUAGAUGGAUGAAUCAAGUCUAGUAGUUUUUCUGAUAUUUCCUCGGAUGAUGAAAACAACCUCAGGUUAAUUCAUGAAUUGUUAAGCACUUCAAUUCUGUGUUCGAAACAACCACAACAUAAUUCAAUUCUGCAAGGCUCUAAUUGGCUGAGCGUGCUUCUGUCCGGUCACCCGAAUUGAAUCUAUAGUAUGUUAUGUAUGAACAAAGAUACUUUCCAGAAUUUAUGCCUGUUCCUAAAAGAGAAAGGUGUUUUAAUGGACUCGCAAUGGACGCGUGUCUCUUUCAUGGAAUCAGUCGCCAUUUUCUUACAAACCGUUGGUUUAAGCGAGCGCCAGAGAACGAGCUGCGAGCGGUUCCAGCACUCCUUGGAGACCAUCUCUAGGCAUAUGAAAAGGGUUUCGCGAGCUCUGAAACUUCUUGCACCGGAACUGAUUUGUCCUCCAAAUUUCAAUCAUAUACAUCCCAGAAUCCUUAACAAUACACACUUCUUUCCAUAUUUUAAGGAUUGUGUCGGCGCAAUUGACGGAACACUUAUAGCAGCAAGUGUUCCGGUGUCGAGGCAAAAUGCAUACCGUUCACGUCAUGGUGAUAUAUCACAAAAUGUUAUGGCUGUUUGUGAUUUUGACUUGAUGUUCACGUAUGUCAUGGCUGGAUGGGAGGGUAGCGCAAAUGAUGCCCAUGUCUUCAUGGACUGCCUAAAUAAUGAUCUGAAUUUUCCUUGGCCACCAGAUGGUAUUACAUUUACAUUAGUGCUUGUGGAACCGCUAAUUUGACAGCCUUAAUUGAUAAAUAUCUCAUGUUGUUUCAAGUAAAUAUUACUUAGUGGAUUCCGCUUAUCCCAAUUUUUCUGGAUUCUUGGCGCCGUACCAUCAAGAUCGUUAUCAUAUCAACUCCUUUAGAGGUAACAAACCGGCAAGCUCAUUCACCAAAAGAGUUAUUUAAUCAACAUCACUCACAGUUGCGUAAUGUCAUCGAGCGGGCGUUUGGUGUGCUAAAGAACAGAUUCCCAAUUCUGAAAGGACCUAUGCCGCCAUACAGCUUAGAUCGUCAACUAGAUCUUGCCAUCGCAUCUUGUGUGAUCCACAACUUCAUACGGAUAUUUGGCAUAGAUGACCAAUUUUUUGAACGUGGGGAAUGGGGAGAGUUUGACGAUCCUGACAAUGAAGCAAACGAUCAGUUUCGUCGUUUGCCUCAACAAUCGUAAUAAGAUAUUGAUACGCAAGCGGCAUUCCGCAAUGCAAUGGCCGGCCAUUUGUGAAAUGAUCGAGAGACCGGUAACGACAAUACUGAUUGAAUUAUUGUAUUUGCGAAUGCUUAAAGUUGACAGUUCAAAUAUUUUAUUAAUA